AUGAAACGAAAAGAACGUAGAUGGAUGUACGAAAGGAAGGUUGGGAAUUCUAUUAAUCUUGAGUUCUUGAAGGGGGUAGAUGAAUUCCUUAAAUAUGUGGAAGAUCAUCCCGAGAGUAGCAACCCGAAUGAAGUUAGGUGUCCAUGUUUUAAAUGCAAAAACAAACGUCUCUGGAAUCCAGAUACGGUCAAACUUCAUUUGUAUCGCAACGGUUUUUUACCUAAUUACUACGAGUGGAUGUGUCAUGGGGAAGGGUUUCCAGGAACUCGUAGAAGGGAGUCAAAUGAAUAUCGUGAAAUGGUUUUGGAUGCCUUUGGUCAGUCUCAAGAUCAAGGCCAUUCCGAAGAGCCACCUGUUUCAUUAGAGGAGGAGCCUAAUGCACAAGCCAAGCCAUUUUUUGAUUUGUUAAGGGCUUCUGAACAACCGUUGUACGAAGGGAGUUCAUUGUCUGUGUUAGAGAUGGCUUCUAGAAUCACUAGCCUAAAGUGUGAGUAUAAUUUGCCGCAUAGAUGUGUUGAUGGAUUUGCUUCUUUGGUUAAUGAAGCGAUUCCUAACAACAACCACAUGGCCGAGACAUUCUAUGAGGUCAAGAAAAUUGUUAAGGGGUUAGAGCUGCCCCAUGAAAAGAUUCAUGCAAGCCCGAAAGGAUGUAUGUUGUUUUGGAAAGAUGAUGCUCAAUUAUCUACAUGUAGGGUGUGUGGCAGCGACCGAUACAAGAAGACUUCUAAAGGCAGCUUAGUGCCUUUGAAUGUUCUAUUUUAUUUCCCUAUCACACCUAGGUUGCAAAGGCUUUUUGCAACUAAAAACAUUUCUGAGGAAAUGACAUGGCAUGCUAAAAAUCCUCGAGUUCAAGGCACAAUGGCACACCCUAGCGAUAGUGAAGCGUGGAAACACCUAGAUAGUUGCUUUCCUGAGUUUGCCUCUUAA